AUGGCUAGCAAAAGAAAAUCCACAACUCCCUGCAUGAUACCAGUAAAAACACUGGUGCUUCAGGAGACUGAACUGGACGCUGUAGAAAAUGAUCGUGAGGGAACGCAACAAGAUGCUCCUGCAGAAGGGCCAGCAGCUAAUGAUGCUGGUGCCAGUAACAGUAAUAACGGAGCUUUGUCUAACGGGCACCGCGGUAUUGCUGAUAGUGACACUUAUAUCUGCAAGUUUUGUGACUUUGGAUCUCAAGAUGUUCAUCACUUCUUUGGGCACUUGGACUCUGAGCACUUAGACUUUAGCAAAGACCCUGCGUUUGCAUGUGUUGCAUGCAACUUUCUGGCAAAUAGCCAUGAAGGGCUCUCGCACCACAAUGUAGAGUCGCACGCCGGCGAAACGAGCUUCAUCUGGAGGGUGGCUAAGCAGGACAAUCGUACAACUGUGGAGCAAAGUCUCUGUGAGGCCACCAGCAGCCAUGACCUUCCAGGAGAGGUCCCUGAAGAAGGGGUGGAUGGCCAGUCUGAAAUUAUUAUUACCAAAACGCCCAUCAUGAAGAUAAUGAAAGGUAAACCGGAGGCCAAGAAAAUUCACACGCUGAAGGAGAAUGUAUCAAGUCAGCUGGGCAGUGAGUCGGAGGUGAAAGAUGGAGAGCAUUCAUUCCCAAAUGGGUCUGUGCCGGUCAGCCAGCCCACUGCAAGUUCGACAAAGUCAUCUCAUACAGUGAAUGGCUCCAUCAUAGGAAAUGUGCCUGUUCUGCAGGCAGGUGUUGCACAACUUGUGUCGCUGCAGCAGCAACCCCCGUUGCAUCAGCAGCUACCUACGUCCAAGUCCCUUCCCAAGGUGAUGAUCCCCCUGAGCAGCAUUCCAACGUACAAUGCUGCCAUGGACUCCAACAGCUUCCUCAAAAACUCUUUCCACAAGUUCCCCUACCCCACAAAAGCCGAGCUCUGCUACUUGACCGUGGUGACAAAGUACCCAGAAGAGCAGCUGAAGAUCUGGUUCACUGCCCAGAGGUUGAAGCAGGGCAUCAGCUGGUCACCGGAGGAGAUCGAAGAUGCCAGGAAGAAGAUGUUCAACACCGUUAUUCAGUCCGUGCCGCAACCCACCAUUACAGUUUUGAACACGCCGCUGGUUGCAAAUCCCGGGAGCGUCCCCCAUCUUAUUCAGGCGACUUUACCAGGCCACGUGGUGGGGCAGCCAGAGGGGACGGGGGGACUGCUGGUCACGCAGCCCAUCAUGGCAAACGGGUUGAAGGGCACCAGCUCCUCCUUCACCUUGGCGGUGACUUCUGUCCCCAAGCCCCAGUUCCCGGGCCAGGCCGAAGUCGAGCGGCUGACAAAAAUCACGGGCCUUUCCACCAAGGAGAUUCGAAAAUGGUUCAGCGAUCGGAGGUACCACUACAGGAACGUAAGAGGCGGCCGGGCCGUCUUCCCUGGAGACAGUGCUCUCGAUUCCCUGCCCGAAAUGACCUUAGACAUCUCGCCAAGAGGAGCUGAGCUGAGCCCCGCG